UUCCGCGAGAUAAGUUACAUGUUUGUGUCGCUUUAUUUUUAAGUGGAAAAUGAAAUCUAAUGAACCUAGAGACAAUGAAUCAAGGGAUCUUAAUUUUCAAUAUGGUCGUUGGUUAUCAUCUCCACCACCGGGUGAAGAAGUGGUAAUAUCCGGGAUAUCUGGUCGUUUUCCAGAAUCGCAAAAUAUUUAUGAAUUUCGUGAUAAUCUAUUUAACAAAAAGCAGAUGGUUACGGAAAACGAAAAAAGAUGGAAAGCUGGUCUUGCUAAUAUACCGAAAAGGAGUGGUCACAUUGACAAUAUUAACAAAUUUGAUGCUGGGUAUUUUGGACUACAUUACCGUCAAGGCAAUGUUAUGGACCCUGCUGUGAGAGUUGUUUUGGAAACGGCUACUGAAGCUAUUAUGGAUGCUGGAAUAAACCCAUCAGAGCUAAAAGGAAGUAAGACUGGGGUAUUUUUGGGCCUUUCUUGGUCGGACGCUGAAAAUCCGAUUCUAACAAAUCUAAAGGAACCACAGAGGUUUGGCGUGACCGGGUGUCUUAGAUCGAUAUGUGCUCGUCGUCUUAGUUAUCACCUGAAACUAAAAGGACCGUCAUUCACAAUUGACACUGCUUGUAGCAGUUCUGGAAAUGCUCUUCAUUCAGCAUUUUUAGCAAUGAGAAACGGUGAUUGCGAAAAUGCUAUAGUUGGUGGCUGUAACUUAACUCUUCAUCCUGGAUCUACAAUGCAGUUUUAUGGCUCGUCGCUGUUGAGUUAUGACGGCGUAUGUAAAAUCUUCGAUGAGGAAGCUAACGGCUACGUUCGAAGCGAGGCCUGCAUUUGCCUCUUCCUUCAAAAGUCUAAAACCGCGAAACGAAUUUACGCACAAAUUAUUAACGUGAAAGGAAAUUGCGACGGUUUUACAGACGAAGGGAUAACGUAUCCUUCGUCGCAAAUGCAAGAAGAGCUUUUGGCUGAAAUAUAUCACGAAAGUAACAUUAGUUUUUCAAAACUGAGAUACUUCGAAGCACAUUGCACUGGCACUAAAGCUGGUGAUCCUGAAGAAGUGAACGCUAUAGACGGUGCUCUGGCGAAAAAAUGCGAACAACAGCUUCUCAUAGGCUCAGUAAAAUCAAACAUGGGUCAUACAGAACCCGCAUCGGGUCUCUGUUCAGUCAUAAAAGUACUUAUCGCAAUGGAAACCGGCUUUAUACCACCUAAUAUUAACUUGAAAAGACUUCGAAAAGGGCUGGAAGGGAUUGAACAAAAGCGAAUGAAAGUUGUGACAGAAGCUACUGAGCUUUUAGGAGAGGACACAAUUGUAGGUGUUAAUAACUUUGGUUUCGGGGGUAGCAACACUCAUGUUAUCUUGCAAAGGUUUAAAAAACGCAAAAUCAAUGGUGGAAUGCCAAAAGAUGAUGUUCCUAGAUUAAUUUGUGUCAGUGGUCGCACUGAAGAAGCAGUUUUGACUAUUUUAAACGACGUUAGCAGCAAUGUUUUGGAUACAGAAUAUGUUGGUCUCCUCCAUGAAUUAUAUAAGAAGAAUAUUCCAAAUCACUUAUGUCGAGGAUAUGCAAUAGUUUCCAAAACUGGUGUUCUAUCUACGUCUUCAAAACGUUUGCCUUUUAAGCCACCACGCUUGCAUAUAUUUUUUGGAAAAUUUGUCAAAAAUUUUAAAUUACUAGGAUCUUAUAUACUGCAAUUUUUAGCUUUCAGAGACGUCGUAACAAGACUUAAUAAAAUCCUGGUGGCCAAUAACGCAAAAACACUUGAAGAAAUGUUAGAUUCGAAAACAAAAACAGAUGAAAAUGUUUUAGGUUCAAUGUGUUUGCAAUUAAUUGUAGUGGAUAUUUUCAAAGAAUUAGAAUUGUUUCCUACUAGUGUUUCCGGUGAUGCAUUUGGCACAAUUGUUUGUUCUUAUUGCAAUAAAAUUAUUCAACUGGAAGAGGCAGUAUUAGACGCGAUAAAACUUAGUAAUCUAAAAUUUGACUCGAACAUGAAUUUCCCAACACUGCAAAACUUAAUUUAUUCUAAAAAUUAUAAUAAUGUACCUAGAAGCACGAUAACAUUAAAUAUUUCCGACCUACCUACCACAGAUGAAGAUAACUUACUAGUCAGAAACGGUAAUGUGAAUUUCCUGGAUGUAAUAGGAAGAUUAUAUGUUGAAGGUUAUCUUCCUCAACUUCAAAAAAUAUUCCCUCAAGUGGAAUUCCCUGUAAGUAGAAGCACCUCCAUGAUUGCACCCUUUAUUCAAUGGGAUCACAAAAAAUCCUGGCAGACAUACGAAUUUAAAGGAUUUACAUCAACUGAAAACGAACAGAUGGAGUACAAUAUUUCAUACUUAUACGAAGAAUAUCAGUUUAUGAAAGGUCACGUUAUCGACGGACGCAAUCUUUUCCCCGCUACUGAAUAUUUAAAACUGGCUUGGCAAACCUUUGCCGACUCUCGAAAUCAAACAACUGAUUCUUUGCCUGUACAAUUCGAAAACUGUAGGUUUAUAAGGGCUGCUACAAUGCCUAACACUGGUUACAUAAAACUUCUCGUAAUGCUGCAAAGAGGUACGGGGAAUUUUGAAAUUCUCGAAAAAGAUUCUUUGCUGGUUAGUGGGCGUAUCACCACUUGUUCGAGUUCAGAUCGGCAACAAAUAAGUCUUUCGUCUGGUGCUACUUUGGGAGACGAUAAAUUGAAGACGUUGCAACAAGAUGAAAUUUAUCGAGAAUUUCACUUACGGGGUUAUAAUUACAGCGGUUUGUUCAAAGCUAUAAAAACAUAUAAUGUGGAUGCUUCUUUGGGUUUAAUCAAGUGGGACGAUAACUGGGGUACCUUUAUGGAUAAUAUGCUUCAACUUCAAAUCCUUCAAACAGAUACGAGACUGCUUUACGUUCCCGUUGGUAUUAAGAAGCUUAUCAUUGAUCCCAUUAAACAUAAACAAAUAGUCGAAAGACAAAAUGGACAAGAGUGUUUUCUGUCUGCAUAUAUUAACAAAGACUCUAAUAUUAUUGAAUCUGGUGGAGUUGAAAUACAUGGACUUCACGUUAAGUCCAUCUUUAGGAAAAGAGCAAGAUUGGAGCCAGUUUUGGAAAAACACGUUUUCGUUCCAAAUAGUACGAGUUUAGACUUGGAACAAGCUGUGAGAAUCAAUACACAAAUUAUCUUAGAAAAUAGUUUAGAGUAUCGUUUUAAAGCUGUGGAAAUUGUUGACGAAUUUACUGAUAUCAAUUCUGAACAUAUCUUGUGUUUAGUCAAUAAAGCCUUAGAAGAUGUUGCGCUAGUCACUCCCGAUCUUACCGUUUCGACAAAAGCAUCAAACUCUGAUAUACCUGGCAUAAAAUUCGAAAUGGUUACUUUAACACCAGAAAGUGACAUACUUUUGUACGUUGGCAGCAAAAUUUUACAACAGUCACAUACUUUAAAACAGUUUUUCAUACCUCUUAGCAAAAACGGAUUUAUCUUAACACGGGAGGAGAUAAACUUUAGACUAGAAAAAGAUAAAGAUGACGUAGAAAUUCUCACAGACUAUAAGACACCGAACGAAAGAAUUAUUUUGUUGAGAAGAAAACAGGAAGCUGUUAAGCCCAAACACGUUGAAAUAUCUUCGAGUAAUUUUGAUUGGAUAACGGAACUCCAAAACGCGUUAAAUUUCGAAAACAGUGUUAUAGCUUAUGGAACAAAUCGAGAACCUGAAGGACUAUUGGGUUUGAUAAAUUGCAUCAGGCGAGAACCGAAAGGAAACCUACUUAAGUGUUUCUUAAUAAUGGACGAUGCUCCGGAGUUUGAUCCCCAACAUUCAUUUUAUGCUAAACAAGUCAGUAAAAACAUGGCUGUUAAUAUUUAUAGGAAUGGAUCGUGGGGAACUUACAGACAUCUCCGCCUGGAAGAAAGAGCCAAGGUUUACAGCGAACACUCGUACGCGUAUUUCAAAAAUAGAGGAGAUAUAUCGAGUUUUGAAUGGUUGGAAGGACCUUUAAAGAAAGACGUGCCGCUCGAAAAAGGACGAAUUCUGGCUUUGUCUUAUUAUUCGUCAGUUAACUUUAAAGAUAUAAUGGCUGCAUCUGGUCGUGUAAAUCUUGAAGUGUUUUCAACCCAUCGAAUUGUGCAAGAACUGUUGGUAGGAUUUGAAUUUUCAGGAAAGGAUUUAAGAGGCCGUCGGAUAGCUGGAAUGACUGACAAUCAAGGGAUUUCCUCUCACGUUAUUGUUGAUCCUUACUUGGUGUGGCAAGUACCCGAAUCUUGGACUCUCGAAGAUGCAGCCACAGUUCCUGUUGUAUACUCUACUGUUAUAUAUGCCCUUUUAAUGGUUGGAAAUAUGCAACCAGGUUGUUCAAUUCUUAUUCACUCUGCAACUGGUGGUAUUGGAUUGGCCACUUUGAACAUUUGCUUACACUAUAAAUGCGAAAUUUACGUAACAGUUGGAACUCAAGAAAAACGAGCCUACUUAAAAAAGCAUUACCCUCAAAUUCCAGACAGCCACAUAGGAAACUCAAGAGACACUUCAUUUGAGCAAAUGAUCAAAAGAGAAACUAAAGGUAGAGGAGUUGAUUUUGUUCUGAAUUCUUUGAGUGAGGAUAAGCUGCAAGCUUCAGUUAAAUGUUUAGCACGAAAGGGGCAGUUCUUGGAAAUAGGCAAAUACGAUUUGGCCAAUGAUAGUUCUUUAAACCUCUUGUUUAUUGAGAAAGACGCCUGUUAUCAUGGGAUAGUAGUAGAUAAACUUUUUGAUCAAGUGCCCGAAAUGAAGUGUAAAGUGGUAAACUGUCUACUGGAGGGAAUUAAGGCCGGUUUUGUAAAACCUCUACCUAGGAUUUUGUUUAAUGCAUCUGAAGUGGAAGAUUCGUAUAGAUAUAUGAUGACAGGUAAACAUAUUGGGAGGAUUUUGAUUAAACUUCGGAGUGAAGAAGGUAAUAGAAACACUGACGUUGUCGAUGAACUACAAAUCAGUUCGAAUCCACGGUUCAAUUGUGACGUGCGUUACACAUACGUCGUUAUUGGUGGCCUAGGCGGAAUUGGUUUAGAACUAAGUGACUGGUUAGUUCUAAGGGGUGCCAGAAAGUUAGUACUGUCUUCAAGGUCGGGACUUCAAAGUGGAUACCAUCAACAAAGGAUAAACAUAUGGCAAUCUUACGGUGUCCAAGUUAAAGUUUGUACUAAUGACGUGACAACUGAACAAAAAUGUGAAGAUUUAAUUAAAGAGGCGAACGGAUUGGGACAAAUCGAUGCCAUUUUUAACUUGGGUGUUGUUCUUCAAGAUGCACUAUUCGAAGACCAGACGAAAGAAAAAUUUCUAAUUUCAUUGAUACCAAAAGCUAGAGCUACGGUAAAUUUGGACAAAGUUAGUAGAAAAUUAUGUCCAAAAUUAAGAUAUUUUGUUGUGUUUUCUUCAGUUUCUUGUGGUCGCGGUAAUGCGGGUCAGAGCAACUAUGGAAUGGCAAACUCUAUUAUGGAGAGAAUAUGUGAGAAUCGAAAACGAGACGGGUUGCCUGCUGUAGCAAUCCAGUGGGGAGCAAUCGGUGAUGUCGGUUUGGUAGCGAAAAUGCAGAAAGAGAAUAAAGAGUUAGUGAUUGGGGGUACUCUACAACAAAAAAUUUCAAGUUGUCUUGAAGUGUUAGAUGUGUUGUUAAAACAUGAUUAUCCGGUUGUUUCUAGUAUGGUUGUUGCCGAAAAACACAACAAGGGCGACAUUCUUAGUGCAGUAGAUGCGGUUGCUCAUGUUUUAGGAAUACAAGACAUGAAAACUAUAAGCCAAUAUACGACUUUCGCAGAACUUGGUAUGGAUUCCAUGGUUGGUACAGAAGUUAUUCAACUCCUGGAAAAAGAUUUUGAAAUCUACGUAACGUCUAAAGAUGUCCGAAGUUUAACAUUUGCAAAAUUGACUGAAAUGGAGGGAGAAAAGCUGAACAAAAAUGAUGAUUCUACAAAAACACAGAAAGGGACCAACUCUCUCAUUCUGUAUAUGCCUGAUAAGGAAACUAGUCCUUUACCUACCGUUAAAUUAGCAAGCCAAGUAGAAUCAUAUGAAAAAGUUCCAGUAGUGUUUGUGUUACCAGGCGUCGAGGGAAUCUUCACACCGUUAGAAGAUUUGGCGCGUUCCUUGAAAGCUCGUGUCAUAGGAAUACAAUAUAGUUACAAAUAUCCCGAAAACAGUAUUCAAGAAAUUGUAGAAAAUGCAAUUUCGCACAUUGAAAGUCACUUAACCAAAAAUCUUCCAUUUUUCGUCAUCGGUUAUUCAUUUGGAGCAGCAGUUGGAUUUGAACUUAUUAGUUUAUUGGAAAAGCGAGGUCAUUUCGGCACAGUUAUUCUGCUAGAUGGGUCGCCAACAUACUCAAGAUCUGUUGUAAAAAAAAUUGUCGGGAGUGACGACAAUGUGGAAUUUCAAUUGGCAAUUUUGAACAGAGUUUUUAGUACCGUAAUUCCCUUCGACGUACUUUCAAAACAUCAGGAGGAAUUGUUAAAGGCCAAAGAUUUUGAUCAAAAAAUGGAUGUAGUUCUAGCUCUGAUACCUUUAGAAACACCUAACAAAGAGAAGAUAGAGAAACAAGCACUUGUUACACUAUAUAAACGUUUAAGAGCCAUGAUUAAUUACACAUUUAGAAAUAAUAAAGUCAAAUCAUUAGUCCACUUAUUCAAGGCCAAAUAUCCCGUGGUUGAGGACGACCAUGACUAUCAAUUAUCAAAAAUGUGUGAAAAUGUAGGACAAGUGGUUACGAUAGAUGGCGAUCAUGUAACGAUUUUAAAUAAUCUGGAGCUUGUUAAAUGUGUGAAUAACAUUGUAACUUCGUAGAUACACUAUUCAUUUGUUACUUUGUUAUACAAAUUUAAUUUAGAAAUUAAAGGCUAUGGCAUCGGUUGUUGUUUAUUUUAAGUCGUCUGCUGUUAAACGUUUAUCCAUUAUCUAGUGAGUAAUCUACGUGUAAUAAAAGUCUCCACUAUGUAUUGGAACGCAUUGUCAUACAGCCAAAUAGGAGCAAAAAGUAGACUAAUAAAAUAAAUAAUUUUUGAGUA